AUGAUUAUCGGAUCUGAGUUGGAUUUGGUUGCUAAAAUGAAAUUCUUCAACGAUGAAAAACAAUUCAAAAAAACACUUCAACUAUUUGAUAAACAUAAAGAACAAAAUAUUGAAACAUGUUCCAAUUCGAUCAUAAUUCAAGCUUUAAAAGCAUGUACACAAUUACGUGAUCUCAAACGUGGUUCAUUAAUUCAUCAUCGUAUUUCAUCUCAGAUCAAAAAUGAUUCUAGCAUCUUAUUUUCAUUAAUUCAACUUUAUAUGCAAUGUGGCGAUGUAACAAAUGCUCAGUCUUUGUUCGAUACGAUUAUAAAAAAAUCUUUGUCAAUAUAUGGAAUUAUGAUGAAAGGCUAUAUUAAAAAUAAUAUGCCAAAUAAAGCUAUUGAACUUUUUCAUCAAAUAAAAAAACCGGAUGAAAUUAUUAUAAUUUUUCUAUGUAAUGCUGGCGCUAAAUUGGAAAGUACAGAAGCAUUACACUUAAUAAAAGAAGCUUUAUCGCAAAUUCCGAAAUCAUUCUUUUCAAAUGUUCGUCUUGUAGCUUCUGCAUUAGAUGCAUUGAUGAAAUGUGGUGAUAUUUUACAUGCUCAAUCAUUAUUCAAUAAAUCCAAAAAUAAAUCUUUGUCAAUGUACGGAGCAAUGAUGAAAGGAUAUGUUAAACACAAUAGGCCACAUGAAGCAAUUGCACUUUUUAAUCAAAUAAAAGAUCCCGAUGAAGUUAUUAUACUUCUUUUAUUUAAUGCGUAUGCUCAAAUAGGAUCGAAUGAAGUAUUAAGUUUAAUUAAAAAGAAAUCAUUAGAAAUUCCUCAAUCGUUUUAUUCAAACGAUUAUCUUGUAGCUUCUCUAUUAGACGCAUUGAUCAAAUGUGAUGAUUUAGUCUAUGCUCAAUCAUUGUUCAAUUCAUCAAGAUGUAAAACAAUAUCAAUGUUUGGAGCAAUGAUGAGUGGACUUAAUAAAGAAAAUAAUCCGUUUAAAACACUAAGUUUAUUUAAUGAAAUGAAAACCAGUGGUAUUAAGUCAAAUCGUAUUAUUUAUCUUUGUUUAAUUAAAGCUCUAUCUCAAAUUGGUGAUUAUUCUUUAUGUAAAUCGUUUAUUGAAGAAAUUCCAAAUCAUUUUCUAAUUGAUAAUCAAUGUCAAACAGCACUAAUUGAUAUGUAUGGCAAAAGUGGAUGUAUUGAUCAAGCUAAACAAAUUUUUGAAAAAAUGUCACAACUAGAUCACAUUGGAUACACAGCAAUGAUUAAUUCAUAUGGUUUAAAUGGAAUGGGUACUCAAGCUGUUGAACUUUAUCAUCAAAUGCCGUUAGAGUCUAAGAAUGAAGUAACUCAUAUUUGCGUUUUAAAUGCAUGUUCACAUUCGGGACUUGUUGAUGAAGCUCGUUCAAUCUUCCAAAAUACUCAAAUAAAAACAUUAAAAAUUUUUACAAGCAUGGAUGAUUGUCUUAGUCGUGCGUCAUUUUUUGAAGAAGCACAAAAACUAAUUGAUGAAUUUGAACAUAAUCAGCAAUUUGUAUUGCCUAUGUAUAUGGCUUUAUUAUCAGGGGUUCGAAAUGAUAAAAAUAGUCAAUUAUCACAACAAAUAUAUGACCGAAUGAAACAACGUUUUCCUGAUAUAAAUAAUUCAUUAACACCAGCUAUGAUUCUUCUUGCUAAUAUUUAUGCAUCAUCAGGUGAAAUUAAUAAAGCAUCGGAUAUUAAAAUUCAGUUAGCUAAGUUCGGUGCAAAGAAAAAAGUUGGCCUUUCAUGGACGGUAGUAUUUGGACAACUCUACGAAUUUCGAGCUCAUGACCAAUCGCAUCCUCGAUCAUCUGAAAUUUACGUUGAAAUGGAAAAAAUAUCAAAAGAACUAAUUGAACAUGGCCAUCAAUAUGAUUCAAGUUGGAUAACGCGACCAUUAGAUCAUGAUGAAACUAUUGCAUCGGUACUCUGUGGACACAGUGAAAAACUUGCAAUUGCAUGGAAUUUCGUUGCAAAUCCCAAUACAUCACGAAUACAGGUGACUAAAAAUCUUCGUGUUUGUGGUGAUUGUCAUCGAGCAACGAAAUUAAUCGCUGCUAUUCGUCAAUGUGAAAUCGUCGUUCGUGAUGCAAAUCGUAUUCAUCACUUCUAUACAAAUGGAAAAUGUUCAUGCAAUGAUUAUUUUUGA